AUGCAUUCGAUUUCACCCCCUGGCUGGAGGCAGUUGGACAUCGCUGUUGUCGGCGGCGGGAUAGGAGGAAUGUCCGCGGCGACCGCUAUGCGCCGUGCCGGCCAUAAGGUGUCUAUUUACGAACGUGCCGAUCUUAUCGGUCAGGCCGGUGCUUCUAUUUCGUGUGCCGCAAACGGUACGCGCUGGUUGCACGAGUGGGGUGUAGACGUCGCUAAAGGCGAUGGGGUCAUUUUACAAAAGCUUAUCAGCCGCGAUUGGACGACGGGCAAGAUCCUAACCGAGUACGAGCUGAAUGACUAUGAGGAACGAUGGGGACAUGUGUACUACAUGUUUCAGCGUCAGUGUAUGCACACAAUGUUGAAGAUUUCAGCAUUGGGGGAUGGAGAUGGGGUGCCGGCAAAACUCUUCUUGAAUUACAAGUGCAAGAACAUCGAUCUCAACACCGGUUUGAUUGAAUUUGAGAAUGGAAGGUCUGUCAACCAUGAUCUCAUUGUCGGCGCGGAUGGCAUUGGAUCUGCCGUUCGUGGUGUUCUCGGUAUCAGGCCUGAGAAGCGACCUGCCGAGUCUAGCUGCCUACAUGCAAACGUAGUCACUGAAGACGCGAUCGCCGCUGGCCUUCCUGACUUCUCUCAAGAAAACGCUUUGCAGUUCUGGGGUGGUCAUGGGGAGAUCUGGGACAAGAUCGGAGAAAGGAGACUACAUGAAUCAUUCCUGGGGGAAUCCGACCGACCAGUGGAAGAAUUGCUUGCGCCGUAUCCUCAACUCGAUGCGCAAGUCCGCGGGCAUUUGGCACUUGGAAAGGAAAUCCAGCCGUGGCGUUUAUGGAUGCACGAUCCGUAUCCAUAUAUUGCAAGGAAUAUGGUCUGCCUGCUAGGUGAUGCAGCUCACCCAAUGAUGCCUCACCAAAGCCAAGCCGCCUGUAUGGCAAUCGAAGACGCGGCCGCCUUAGGCAUUCUUUUUAGCAAGAAAUAUUUCAUGGGAGACAUAUUCGAGUCUCUAUCUACUUAUGAAUCGGUUCGUCUGCCCAGAGCAACCAAGGUCCAGGCAGCAGCGGCACGAGCCUCGCAGAAUAUCAACGAGCGAAUUGGAUUCUCUAGCAAUAUUGACAAUCCAGUUUACGUAGUGAAGAGCGAGCGGGGGAAAUUGACAAUCGAAGAGAUGAAUGCCUACGAUAUGCUUAUGCAUAUUGAUGAGGUAGUCUGCAGGCGUACCGGGGAAGCGUAUCCUCACAAGUAUACUGGGGGUCUGCCAAUAGGGCUACGGCUAUCAAACGGAUAUACCGUUGGAGAUGAAGAUUAG